AUGACUUAUCAAAAUUGUUUUGAAGCUGUUGAUCGUUCACUAGGAGAUAUUUUACGUUUUAGCGAUCCACAAAGUGAAGUAAAACCCUUCGGAGGAAAGACAAUUGUUCUUGGUUGUGAUUUCCGACAAAUAUUACCGGCUGUAUCUAAAGGCCGAAGAGAAGAAAUAGUUGAGGCAUCAGUUAACAGGUCUUCAUUAUGGAAGUAUUGUACAAUUUUUACUUUGACAAAGAAUAUGAGACUUGAACAAAAUCUCAAUGAUAAUGCAGCAAAAGAAUUUGAAGAAUGGAUUUUGAAAAUAAGUGAGGGCGAAUUAGAUGACAGUGAAGGUGAAGCAUUGAUUAAGAUACCAUCUGACUUACUAAUUCCACAUCGUACUCAUCCUAUUAAUGAUAUUGUGGAUGCUAUCUAUUCCGAGUUGCAAACUAAAUACACCGAUGCAAAGUAUUUAGAAGAUAGAGUACGGAAUCAUAUCAACAUGACGUACACACCUCUGAAUCAAAUAUCAACCGAGAAAGACUCAUGGAAUGUGAAAGUUAGAAUAAUAAGGAUGUGGGAUGCAGUUAAUGUAGCAAAUGGCAAUGAGCUUUUCAGCCUUAAUGAUAAUGGCUGA